UCUCUUCGGAUUUGCUCCAAAAUAUUUUCUCUGAAAGAAAUCCCUUAAAUCUCAGAAUUCUGGCUCCAUUGAAGAAGGCGAGCCAUGGAAAUCGACGAAGAUGCUCCUAUCGCUAAAUCAUUCAAGACUAGCAAGCGCAACAGUAAACCCGCUCGGAACAAGGAACAACCGCCGCCCCGACCCGAAGAGCCUGCUCCGCCAAAGAUUUUGGUUUCUGAAUUUGACUAUUCCGUCGAGAAUCACUUCAAUGCCGUCGAUACCAUCUCCAGACUCUGUGGAUAUGCCGAAACACUUGACGUUAGUGAAGCGGAGACUACGCGCAUAUCCAAUUCUAUAAAUUUCUUAAGACAUUGGAGAGAUUUUAAUUAUAAGCCGCGAACUGUGAGAUUUGCUUGUCAGCAUGAUUUGGAUAAGAAAGAUAUUAUAGGCGAAGUAACCAUACCUCAGUUUUCAGCUGCAGUGGUUCCUCAGAAACAAAUUAAGAAUGUUGGUGAAGUUGGUGUGGAAGUGGAACCUAUCAAUGAUUUUGUGAUGAAUGUCGGUGGUGCAGUCUGGGCAUUAGACUGGUGCCCCGGAGUCAAUCGGAAUCCUGAGAAUUGCAUUAAGUCUGAGUUUAUCGCUGUUGCUGCACAUCCUCCUGAUUCGUCAUAUCACAAGAUUGGAGCUUCUCUAACUGGAAGAGGAGUCAUCCAGAUUUGGUGUUUCUUGACUAUCUAUGAUAGCGAUAUACCUUCUCAAGUGAAGAAAAAACCAAGACCUUUUUUCAAGAAAAAAGCAUCAGGCAAACCGAAAGAUCCAACUGUGGUUCCAAGGCCAAGAGGAAGACCAAGAAAGAAGCCUCUUGGUGACACUGUGGAGAAGAUAGAUUCUGAUGACCAGCAUGUUCAACCUCUUGCCAUUGAAUACCCAGUAUCUGGAAUAAAUUCUUCUGAAGAAACUUCUGAAAAUACCAGUAAAUCGGAAGUCUGUGAAGGACAUCUUUUGUUAACUGGUUCUGAAGGAAGAGGAAAUAAACGGAAGGCAGUACAAGGAAACAAGAUUCACAAUGACAGCUUGCACAUUCUCAGGCAUUGUCAGCAAGGAGAACCACCGCUUGUGGAUCCACUGAAAUUAGAAAGUUUCAGUUUAGAUUCUACAAGACCAGAUAACAAUAUAACUUCAAUUAGUUCUUCAAUGGACCCCAUUCCAAUUGAUGUUGCAUUGCCUAGAAUGGUCAUGUGUUUAGCUCACAAUGGAAAGGUUGUGUGGGAUGUAAAGUGGCAGCCAGCUAGUGCUUGUUUCUCUGGAUCCAGAAAUAUAAUGGGUUAUCUUGCUGUAUUACUUGGAAGUGGUGUUCUGGAAGUGUGGGAGGUCCCUUUGCCUCAUACUGUGAAACAUGUGUAUCCUCCUUCCCAGAAGCAUAUUGAUCCACGCUUCAUCAAAUUGGAGCCGGUUUUUAGAUCUUCGAUGUUGAAGUGUGGUGAUAGGCAAAGCAUUCCUCUAACGGUCGAGUGGUCUGUGUCAUCUCCCCACGAUAUGAUUUCGGCAGGGUGUCAUGAUGGAAUGGUCGCAAUUUGGAAGUUCUCUGUCAGUGAUUCACUAACAGAGUGCAGACCUUUGGUUUACAUCAAUGCAGACACAGGUCCUAUUAGAACACUGGCUUGGGCACCAAUCCAAAGUAAUCAUGAGGGUGCAAAUAUAAUUAUCACAGCGGGAAGUAAAGGUUUCAAGUUUUGGGAUAUACGUGAUCCCUUUUGUCCCUUGUGGGUUAAUCCUUUUCUGGGCACCACUUAUGGUUUGGACUGGCUUCCAGAUCCAAGAUGUAUUUAUGGAGCCAUGGAGGAUGGGACAAUAUGGUUACUCAGUUUAGAGAGGGCAGCACAUGAUAUCCCACUCACAGGAAACAAUCACAAUGUGGCAUCGAAGCAUGGGUUCCACAGUUUUCACUGUUCCACGUUUGCAAUAUGGAGUUUGCAAGCUUCAAGACUAACAGGUAUGGUUGCAUAUUGUGGCGAGGAAGGAUCAACUAUCUGCUUCCAGCCAACAAAUAAAUCACUGAAGGAUCCUUCACGAAACCGUGUACCCCACUUUCUGUGUGGAUCAAUUUUGGAAGAGGAGUCUGCCAUUGUGGUAGCCACCCCAUUGCCCGACAGUUCGUUCCAGAUAAAAAAUCCGGACAUGAAACGUACGCAGCUGAAACAACAGAGUGAAACAUUGCAAGGAGGUGAGGAAAGGGAAGUUGUUCCUCCCAAGAUUGUGGCAAUGCACAGAGUGAGAUGGAAUGUCAACAAAGGCGGGGAGAAGUGGCUCUGCUCUGGAGGAGCUGCUGGUUUAGUACGUUGUCACCACAUUCACUCUUCUAUUUUCUACUAAUUUCAACUCUCCACCUUAAUUAUUAGUAGUAAUUUAUAGCAAUAAAAUGUAGUCAGUUCUUCCUUCA